UCUGGGUAAGCACGCCUGAAUACAAAAUACAUAGAGGGGUUUUUGCGGGAAGUCCCAAAACUAUUUUAAGCCCACGCAUUUUAAUUUGUUUUUGCCGUGAAUCUUCGUUUACAUCGUUGCCUUGCCAGCCAUCCAUCAAAAAUAGCAACCAAGGUUCAUGGCUUCGGUCCAGACUUCAAAUUUCGAACCUCAACUCAGAUUGGGAGACAAGCAUGACUGACUCUCUCUCCCUGCCUCACGGCCUUCUUGAAUUGUUGUCUUGCCACUUCUGACUUCUGUUUUCUGUUUUGUCUUUUCAGGACCACCAUGUGGGACUCAUUACCAGAGUACAUGUUGGCAGAAAUCUUUGCAUAUCUUGAUGUAUUUGACAGAUCAGCUGUUUGCAACGUCUGCAGAAGUUGGAAAAAUGCAGCCAAGCAUCCUGAUGUGUGGAACUGGAUCACUCUCACACGAGAACACUUUGAGUCAUCAAAGUAUGGAGCGGAUGUAGCUUGCAUUAUCUUCAACAACAUGAAGUAUUGCAAGGCUUUGACUCUAGAUUUGAGUGUGUCUGAAGGUCUGCACGUGACUGAAGUGGCUUCAAGAUUUUGCAAAAAUCUAAAACACCUGAAAAUGAUGUCAAUGUCCCCUCUUAGACGGUUUGGGACAAAGUUUGAAUUGUUUCCAAGAACGUUUUUUACCUUGUUUGAGAAAAACUUCAACCUGGAGAGCAUUGAUCUGGACAAUGUUGCUCUAUGCUAUUCAACUAACCACCCUUUACCAAUCGGUCCUCGUCAUGCUAAGACACUGAGGAAAUUGCGUCUCAUCAACUCGAUGGUAACGUUUUCUCCCAGCUCCCUCAUGUAUCUGGUCAACUUGACUGAGUUGACGAUGUCCCCAAAUUUCCUGCACUACUCGCUCAUUAAACACCUGUCGAAGCAUUCUCUAAAGAGGCUGAACCUCGUGGACAGAUCCAAUGUGCUAGGACAUUCGGAAACACUGAGUGAAUUCAAAUGGGAGGAAAUAGCAUCUCAGAAAGACUUCAGAGUGGGAUACUUCAUAAUGAAGAAAAUGUCGUUUCUUGCACCCUCUAGAAAGUUUUUGGUGAGCCCUGGAAUGCCCCUCUGCUCUGUAGUCUACAACAAUAACUCUUGGCUUCCGUACACGGCUUUGCUGAAGCUACUUGGUCCAUUUUCUUCCACACUGGAGGAGCUUGUGGAUUUUUCCCUCUCAAAAGACGGGGGCUGGACUGACUCUGGGGAUGAGCUGUUAAUGAGCCUUGUAAAAUCGUUCCCUCACCUGCGCACUUUGUCUCUGCGUGUGCCAAUAUCUACCGGCACUUUGCUCCUGAUGGUGACCCUAAGAGAAAAUCUCAUCAACCUUCCAGUGAGGGAAGACAUGGUCAGUUUUAACUGCACUCUUGAUUUGGAUGAAUACACACAAUUAAGUCAACAACAAAAGACAAGAAUUCAGGAGAAUUGUGUAUGUAAAGAAAGUUUUGAAGCUGCAAUGACUUUUUUGACUUGUCAACCAUGGCAUUUGAUGGAAUGGCAAGAGUAUUGCGAUUGGAUGAGAGAUCGGUAUGGACCAUUCCUGGGAACCUAUUUGCAAUGAUAUCGUAGCCAUGAACGAAUUUCUUAUCAAAAUAUUGAUAAGGCAUUCUGAAUUAAAGUACUUUGUAAUUGUAUAUACAUGUAUAUGAAUGAUUUCUCUUUGUUAGAUAGCUGCUUUCUCCUUCUUUGGAUGUUGUAUCCCACUCUGGCCAGAUUGGCUCUGAGAAGCAUAUAUAUAUAUUCAUAUCAAAGCAACUUAUUGCCUCUAACAAGUCUUAAUAGUGUUAGAGUGGCUAAAAGCAGUAUCAAUUAUUCUUUUCCUGCUGUUUUCUUGUGUGUCAUCAGCAAUAUUAUGCUAGAACAAUAUUGAACGACAUUAUUACUAUUAACCAUCAAGACCGUAUGCUGUCAGAAAACUUGAGGUGACAUGAAAUCAAUUUGAUGAAAGCAGCCCUAUAAUGUAAUACAUAGAGCUUGUGUGUCUACAUGAACAUCAUGUUUUGUAAAUUUUUGUAUUCUUUAAUUGUGUAAUUUCCUGCUUUCUUGAUCUGUAGGUUUCAUGACAUGUAAAGUUGUUUGUUUUCUUUAAUUAUUAACUCUUUUUAUUCACCGUUUGCCCUAAGACGUGUAUGACUGUGAAAGUUUACAUUUUAUCACUCUUAUCAUUUGAAGGGCUUCAUAGUCUUUUAUCUUUAAAAAUGUUAAUACAUGUAGUUUAUUGGUUUUUGUAGUUCACCAGGGUUAUCCUGUAAUAGUCUCUUUGCUGUUGCACACCGAAGAUUGGCAAAAAGCAAUUGUGGCUCGACAUGAUGAAAUCAGGCGCUCGUCAAUUUUUGAGCAAAUGGGGUUAUUGGUAUCAUCUUAAAGCCUGUCCAUGUGCCUUGUUUUUGGUGAGAAAAAAUAACUAUCUAUGUUGAAUAGAAGUCGAGAUAUUUGUGACUGAAAGAUGGGAGGGUGGCCUAGUUUCAGAGG